AAGGCCAAAGUUUCAUUUUCAAUCGUGCGAUCAACUGGUUAAGGAUACCCAUGUUCAUUUAAAGGACCCCUUGUUCGCAUUUAUAAUACCCCAUCCUCUCGACAAGAUCAAUAACAUUUAUCAAUUCAUAGGUAUGUGCAUUUUGUGAAUACGAUAUUCAUCAUGCAUAUCACCUUCUUUUUCCCGAAGAAUUUUUGAAGUUCUCUUUUGUUAAUCCUCUUCUAACUUUGAUAUGGCCGAGACAGUGGUCUCUUUCGCUGUGGAAAGACUUGGAGAGUUGUUAAUUUCCGAAAUCAAACAUUUACAUGGAGUGAGCGACAAAGUCAAGGAAAUUCAACGUGAGCUAAAGCGAAUGCAAUGUUUCUUGAAGGAAGCCGAUAAGAAACAAAAUCAAGAUGAAAGAGUAAAGAAUUGGGUUGCGGAAAUGAGGGAGCUUGCUUUUAGAAUAGAAGAUGUGAUCGAGACUUUUGCAAUUCAAGUUCCGACUAAGACCCAAAAAUCAGGCUUUAAGAAGAUGUUAAGAAGAUUUGCUUGCAUGUUGAGUGAAGGCGUAAGUCGCCACAACAUUUCCUCAGAGAUUGAUGCUAUAAACGACGAGAUGGCUAAUCUCAGAACAAGUCUUCCCAGUUAUGGUAUUACAAAAGGUUUGCAAGAAGGAGAAACUUCAAAUUUAACGAGUAAGAGGAUAUUCUAUUCUCAUAUUGUUGAAAAAGAUUUUGUGGGGAUGGAGAAGGAAUUGAAGCAAUUGAUUUGUAGUUUGAAGAGAGACGACAAGGGUUCUGAAGUUGUUUCAAUUUGCGGAAUGGGUGGACAAGGAAAAACUACCCUUGCUCAAAAACUUUAUAAUCAUGUCGAAGUGAAAGCUCAUUUCCAAAAAUUAGCCUGGGUUUGUGUUACUCAACAAUUUGACCGCGAAAAGAUUCUCAAGGAAGCGUUGAAACAACUUAUUUCUGAUACAAGAAAGCAAGAAGUUAUUAAUAUGGACAAUGGAGAACUGGUGAGAGAACUUUACCAAGUUCAGAAAGAAUGUAAUUGUCUGGUUGUUUUGGAUGACAUUUGGGCAAUGGAUUCUUGGAGACUACUAAGGGAUGCAUUUCCUGUUGGAGAGAGUACUAGUGGUAGCAAAGUUUUACUCACAACUCGUAAUGAAACAGUUGCGGAGCUAGGUCUUGUUCAUAGAAUCCAGGAUCUGACGACAGAGGAGGGCUGGCAGCUUCUUUCUAAAAAGGCAGGCAUAAGUGACAUAUUACCAGACAAAAUGACAGCCUCUAGAAUGGAAAUAUUAGGAAAGAGCAUGGUUGAAAAAUGCAAGCAUUUGCCAUUAGCUAUUACAUCAAUAGGAGGAAUUCUUAACGGCAAAUUAUUGCGAGACUGGGAGACGAUAAACAAAGAUAUUUCUUUUUACUUGCUACAAGGAGAAGGAUCAGUAAGCAAAGAUGAUAGAUACUACACAGUAAGACAAGUUUUAGGGCUGAGCUAUGAUAGUUUACCUCCUCAUUUGAGACACUGUUUCCUCUGUUUUGCGAAUUUUAACGAGGAUGAAGUUAUCAAGACUCAAAAACUUUAUACCCUUUGGAUGGCAGAAGGUUUGAUAUCCGUGGAACAUAAAUCAGAACGAAAGAUGUUGUUAGACAUUGCUGAAAGUUUUAUGGAUGAACUAGCCCAUCGAAGUCUUGUUCAAGUUAAGAAGAGAGAAAAUGAAGACAAGUCAUGGUCAAAGUACAAAACAUGUAGUGUUCAUGAUCUUAUUCGAGACUUUUGUUUGUCUAAAGCUAUGGAGGAGAAUUUCAUCAAGGUUGUUCAUUCGCAGCAGCCCCUGUCUAAGGAUGAGUUGAGAGCAAGCAUAGCGCGAAGGUUAUGUGUUAAUUCGUAUGAUGAAUCAAUGUUGAAACUUUGUGAUCAAGAUAUGAUUUCACAUGUUCGGUCUCUUUUCAUUGUUAAAGGCAUCCCGGGUUGUUCUAAAGGUUUCUUCUUGUGGCCAGACAAGGUCCUUAGUCUUCAAAAAUUUAAAUUGCUCCGAAUUUUGACAGUGAAGCAAUUUGAAUUGAGUCACCAUGAUAUGAAAAUGAUAUCAGAGCUGGUGUAUCUUAAGUGUUUGAGUUUACACGGAUGUAAGGUGGAAGAGUUGCCAUUUUCGCUAAGUAAGCUGAGAAAUUUGGAAAUCCUUGAUCUUGCGGGUUCUCAAGUAGGUAAGAUGGCAAAUGUUCUGUGCAAGUUGAAGCGCUUAAAGUACUUGUACCUUCCUCAAAUGUUUCAAGUUGAGAAGUUGAGAUUUGAAGGGUUAGAUGAGUUGGAAGUGAUCCACAAAUUUGACUCAGAUUACUGCGAUAUAAGUGACCUGAUUGGAUUAAAGAAGCUUAAAGUUUUGAGAGCAGUUCUCUGCACAGAGAAGGAUACUGUUUCAGGCAAAUCUGUCCUGGAUUAUAUCGAAUCCAGGGAAUUGCGCCAGUCUGAAAUUUUUAUCGGCAGCAAAGAUGAAUUCUGUUUGAAAUCAUGGUUGGAGUGUAUUUUCAUUAAUGUAUUAGUCAUGUAUGGUCCUAUAUGCAGAUUUCCGAACCCCACGAGCCUCUCUUCUUCUUGUCUAAGUUACUUGAUGCUGUCCGGUUGUGGAAUGGAGGAAGACCCGAUGAUGUUUCUGGAGAAACUUCCCAAUCUACGCAAACUUGGUUUGCUUCGAGAUGCAUAUUUGGGAAGCGAAAUGGCAUGUACAGCAAAAGGCUUCGCCAAACUUCAAGUGUUAUAUAUGUACUCAUUGAGCGGCUUAAAGCAAUGCAGGGUGGAACAAGGAGCCAUGCCAAAUCUAUCGUUUUUAGAGAUUGAUUGUUGCGUAGAGUUGGAGAUGCUUCCCGAAGGGUUGAGUUGCCUCGCGGCCUUGGAAUCCCUCAGGAUUAGAAAUAUGCCUGGUGCAUUUAUAGAGAGGAUUAAUGGGAUAGGAGGAGCAGAAGGUGUAGAUAUGUACAAAGUUUCUCAAGUGUCCAAUAUUGAAGUCUUUUAAUUGGUAGAGGUGCUGUAUUUUCUUUUCAACUUGUAUGAUUUGAAUCUCAUUUGGUUUAAAUCAGUUUACUUGUUUAGUCUCGCCUGUUCUCCUUUUUCAAGCAAGAGAGGUGAGUUCUUUUGUAAUCCCAGAUUUCUUCUUCGUCUGGUAUUGAUAUACUUGAGGUUUCCUGGACUUAUAUGAAACAAUAUCAGGAAUGGAGCU